UUCCAGUUAAAUCAAGAUAAAACGAACUUUGACACGCUGAGAAAUAUUCAAGGACUCCAUGCACCUUUAAAGCUGCAGAUGGAAUUCAGAGCAGUGAAACAGGUUCAGCGUCUCCCGUUUCUUCACAGCUCAAACUUAGCACUGGAUACUCUGAGGGGAAAUGAUGGAAGCAUUGGUUUUGAGGAUAUCCUUAAUGACCCUUCACAGAGUGAGAUUAUGGGAGAACCACACAUGAUGAUGGAAUACAAGCUUGGUUUAUUGUAACAAAAUGUACUCCCCCAAAAUGUUUUGUGCGUGUCUUUAUACUACAGAUCUAAAUACAUGAUACUAAAUUGACACUCACAGUGUUGAGCAGUCCUACAGUUAUCCUUUGCCUUCCUUGAUGAAAAGGCACAUUAAAUGUCUAAAGUCUAUACAUUGUUCUGUGCUUGUUGUCAAUCAUAUAAAUGUCCUGUAACUAGGUAGUUUAAAUAAUGUCUCUUCAUACACUGCUCAGGACAAUAGCUUCUUAACUAUGGAAAUGCUAUAUAUAUGUACAAGAAAUCAAAAAAAUACCCAUGCAUUUUAAAACUGAUUACUGUAGGUAAAUGCAUUUAAUGGAUGUUCUCGCAGAAGAACUUUUUACGGGGGAAAAGGAGGUAUUUUCCAUUGGGUAACUCUUUGUUCAUGAAAACUUCCAUACACUUUUUAAACUAUUGAAUAAAAGUUUGCUAUAAA